AUGUCGGACCCCCAGCUCAUUGACGACACGAACCCGAUCGUGCAGUACCAGGGCGGUUGGGAUUGGCAGCAAGGCGUGGAUGCCGUCGACAACACUAGACACGCGGUGUCUGCAGAUGGCCUCAUUGCCUCGCUGAGCUUCUCAGGCACGGGCAUUCAGGUCGUCGGCCAGCUCGAGCCUUCCUCGAACUGGGGCACGCCGUUGACUUCGUACACGAUCGAUAACCAGCUUGUGGGCCAGUACCAGGCGGGAUCGACGUCGAGCACGCAACAAAACGUCACGUUCUUUUCCAAACUCGACCUUGCGUACGGUAACCACGAGAUCGUAAUAAAGCACAUCGGAACGACAGGGACGUACUUCCUCGACUUCUUCCUCGUGUACAAGUCCCAGUCCUCGAACGUCGCCACGACCAAGCCUGCCAAAAAUCCCACCACCACCACCACCUCCACCACCUCCACUACGCAGCGGCAGCAGCAGCAACAGCAAACUACCUCAACGAACGUACCACCCACCACUGUCACUACCAGUUCACAGACUACCUCGACCACGACCACGACUUCCUCCUCCGUCGGAGACUUGCUCAAAGCCACCAACGGGUCCUCGAGCACCACCACCUCCGGAAUAUCGUCAGUGAUCUCGCCUUCUACUUCCAGGACCUCCUCAGCGAACAUGACCGCAACCAGAACCUCUUCAACCCCCCUCGGCUCUACCGCCACCCGCCUCGGCCAGACCGCCAUCAGCGACGGUUCAUCUGGCAUCGUCCCCACGAACACCGCAAGCCCCGACGGUUCCGUGACGGGUAACAAUGCGAGCGGCGCCGGCAACAAUCCCUCGUCCUCCGCGAGCCACAACAGCAACCUGGGUGCAAUCGUGGGCGGCACGAUCGGCGGCAUUGCCCUGCUCGCGUUCUUGCUCAUCGCGUUCGUCCUCUGGCGCAAGCGCCGCUCUCAUGAAGGUACGAUCACCCUCGCUCUGAUGGACCCCUUGCUCGCGGCUGACGUGUCUCUCGCGGGAUUCGCGCCUCUCCGCCGGCCGGUCGCAGACGUCCACCCGUUUACGCAGAUGGACGACGGUCUGAACCGGACCGAGUCCGCGCCCUAUGGCGCGCCCUCGCCCAAAGCGUUCGGCGGCGCCGACUUUUCGCACAUGCAGCUCGCCGCCGCCGCGCGCCCCGCAAGCAUGCAGUUCGUCAUCCCCUCUUCGCGCGCCGCCUACGCCAGCGACAACCUCUCGCGGGGGACGACCGCCGCGCACACGCCCGCGGCGUUCCCGUACGACGCCAAGGCCGCGCGCGCGCUCUACGGCGCGGAGUCGCAGCGGCUCGGGCCCCCCUCCUCCUCGUCCUCGAGCCACCUGCUGAGCCCGGUGACGGAGUACAGCGCGCCCUCGGCCGCGCACGACGCCGUCUUCUCGCCCACGGACACGUACGCGCGCUCGGACUUCGGCGGCGGCGCCGGGAGCGCGCCCUCGGUCUACGGCGGCGUGGAGACCGCGACGAGCCCGGAGACGGCGGGCGAGGCCGCGCGCGCGCCGUGGUACGCGCCGGCGACGCAGCAGACCCAGGCGGCCUCGCUCCUCCACGCGAUAUCCCAACGGAGCGCGGGGAGCCCGGCCGAGGACGGGGGCUCCGCGGGCGGGAGCGGCGGGCGCGCGAGGCGGGAGCCCCGCCGCGCGCCGACGCAGGCGCAGGACGUGGACUCGGGCCUGCGGAUGUACAACGAGCCGACGCUGCCGCCGCCGUAUACCCCGGACUAG